CAUCUAAUCUCCACAGUGCCAAUGGCCACCACAUCCUUUCUCUUAUUGUAGAAUAAUGCAAAAAAGUAAGCAAAUUUAUGUCGCAUUUUGAACAAAAGACACGUUAAGCCCAACUGCAGUUUGACAACAGUCUCUCGCUCCUCUCUCUCUCCCCCACUGACUCCUAAUCUCCUCAUCCCCCUCCCCACUCUCUCUCUCAAAAAGUUUUGGUAAUCCAUAAACAAACCAAACCAAACCAAGGGAAAGGAAAAGAAGAAGAAGAAGAAGAAGGAGAAGAAAGAGGAUUUCAGAUACUGAAUCGGAUCUUGUUUGCGUUUGGGGGUAGCUUAAUUACAAUCAUGGAUACCUAUCAGCAGCGAAAGACCAGGGAGAAAGUUGUAGACAGGAAGCAUGAAGAAGGCAAGUUAAAACAGGAAACAAAAGAAGGCUCAGCAGAUAAGCAGCAACAACCAUCGGCAUCCCCUGCUUCACCUCCUUCAGCAUCUUCCUCUCCUUCUCAUGAAUUCUCCUUCACAAUCUCUCUCCACUCUUCCUCCAAUACAGUCCCUGACAAAACGAAAACCCCACCUUCAAUUGCAAUCGAUUUGUCUCCAGCAGAUGACAUUUUCUUUCAUGGUCACUCUCCUCUCCACCUCCUUUCUCACCUUCCAGUGUCUCCGCGUUCCUCUACAAAUUCAUUGGACAACUUCACCCUUCGUAGAGAGUUGUUAGAUGACCACAAACCUGAUAAAACUAGCAGCAAUCGUAGCAAAAGCGACAGCAAUAUCAACAACAUCAACAGCAACAAGAACCAUGACAAAGUUAGUAACCGUCGUCAAAGCAACGACAUUGAAGGAAAAGGAAGAAGCAAGUCCAAGUCUUUCUCUAUAUUCAGUUUAACAAGAUGGCAGAAAGGGCGUGACGUUACAGAAACACAAGAAAAAGAGAAGCACAAUAAGAAAAAGAUGAGAUUCGACGUAAGCCGUGUAUUAAAGAGGUACGUGAGGAUGGUUCGGCCUUUAUUGUUCUUCAGAGGGAGGAGAGACAAUCUCCAUCUCCGUCGGCAGGCUUAUUCAUUUUCAGGUAACUUGAGUUUGAGAAACAAGCAAGAGUUGAGAGGAAGAAGAGGAGAAUAUUCAGCGCCCGCUUCAAUGAGGACAUCUCCUACAAAUAGUGGCCUCCUUGUUGCAACCACAGGUUUUCCUUCUUAUAGUGACAGCACCAUGGAAGAGUUGCAGGCUGCAAUUCAAGCUGCAAUUGCUCAUUGCAAGAAUUCCAUUGGAGAAGACAAACUCAAAUGCUAGGCUUGGUUUUCAUUUUUCCACCCAUAUUUAUUCAAUUUCUAUAAGUUAAAUUACCUUUUGAUCUUCUCUUCCUUUUUUACUACAUAGUUAUAUUUAUGUUUUCCUGUGUAUAAAAAAUGGUACAUAUAAAGGAGUAUGAAAUUAGCCAUGGGAAAGAACAAUUAAGAUUUGUUUAA